CCAGGAGCCUAUCGUAGCACUGGACUGUAUUUGUCGCAUGUAACGUAGCUUCAAGUUAGCUAUUUCCGUGAGUCAUGAAGACGUCAGAUUCAAAGCCAGCGGCGGCGCUGACGGACUGCACAUGAGGAGGCAGCGCCGGUGCGUGUCGCUCUAAACAAGGAAAUGCCGAAGGUUGCUGCCAGACGUAAUGUUUGUGUGUUUAGCACCGUGGCGGCUGUCACGGCUCUGCUUCGGGUGAUGCUGUAGCGAGGAACCGCCUAGCUGUAGCUGCUCCGGCUGAAUGAGGGGGUAGAAAUGGAAGAUGUGAUCACUCUCAGCUCAGACGACUCCGAUGUAGAAAUCGUCGGCGGCUACAACAGAGUGGCCGCCGACCCGCUGCCGCUGUCGGCGGUGCGGAUUGACGUUGACGCCGUGAACGUGAGGAUCCCACCGCUUUACAUUGACCUCACAGAUCCAAGAUGGACUCUUCCACAGCUUAAGCCAUUCAAAAGGCCAAAUGCCUCUGGCGUGGCAGUAGUGGACUUGACUGAGACCGGUGCAAACAGGACCGAACAGGAGACGGAGAAUUUGCCACCAGAUGAUUAUCAGUAUAAAAAAGACGGUAUUAUUUUGAAUCAAAUUUCAAACAAGCAAGACUUGAACUUACAGAGAAGCUCUUUGAGAGACUGCAGCGUUUCUGCCCAACAGCAGGACUGUGGGAACCUUAAACCAAAGCGGAGACGUUUUCAGACGCAGCACCGAAACGAGAGCUGUGAAGCGGAUACCCAUAAUCACACACCAGCUGUAAAGUUGACUCGAUUGCCUUUCCUUGAAACUCAUGUAAUGGAACUGGAAAAAUCAAAAUGUUCUGUUCAUUUAACUGACGACUGUACACAAAUGUCGCUGUGCUUUAAGCAACUGAAUGAUAACACUGAAAGAACAGAUUGCACUCAUGAUUCAAGGACAACUGCUGCAUCAGACGCUUCUCACGUGGAGCCUUCAUUCAAUGAGUUGCCUAAAGUGGUUAAAUCUUUGACUGGACAACAAGAUAGCAGUAAGGAAUAUGCAAGCAUGCAGUUACCAAAUAAUGAAUCUCAGCACCGGGGGAGCUCUACUGACUCUGUUUGCUUUGAGAAAAGAAGCCCUGUUGAAACCUCCAAAGAGCACAACACCCGUGAAGAAGAGAGAGAGAGUCACUCCCCAACUUUCUCCUCUUUAUCUGAGUGCAAAGCACAAAGAGAAGUCCGCUGCGCCAACCUGGAACAGCUGGAAUUGAAAGCAGAAUCUAGACGAACCUGUCUCUCUGCUCAGUCGUCCCCUCACUCUCUUACCAGCAGACUGAGCUCUUUGGAGCUUUUUGAGCCUGAUCCUGUCUCUCACACAAGUCCUACGUCUCAUAAACUAAAGAGUCAAGUCGACCCACCGUCGCCCUCUGAACUUAUACCAACUGAAGGAAUGCCUGAUUGGCAGUUGGACAGUGAAGCGUACAAGGAGGAUGUAGGAAUCGCAAGUCCGGUGUCCUUCGUUUGGCAAGAUGAAAGCGAUGGAGAAGACAUGAACGAAAAGAGCAGGAGCUUGGACUUCAGGGCAGUCAGCAGAGAGGACAGGCAUUUUGUGUGUCCAGUUACACUCAGGAAAUUAAUGGCUGGACCAGCUCAAGCCAUGAUGGGUGACGAUGAGGAACACUUUGGAACUCCAGUGGUGCUUUGCCGUCAGAGCCUGAGCCUGGUUUACAGCACUAUUGAAGAGAACUACACAGAAGGCACUUUGCAGCUCCUGUCUGACUUACUACAGCCGGGUUACUAUCCCCCCAAAGAUAUCACCUCCCAUCUACUCCGUGGCAUUCUGCUCGAUCCUAAGUGCUCCUACCACUUCUGUGUGCAGGCUUUUAAUCUGCUCAUGAGGACACAGAGACACCAUAUGGCCGAUAUGGCUGCAGUUCCAUGGGACUGGGAGUUACUGACCUCAGUCAUGUCCAAUCAGAGACAUCAUUAUGAGGUGGUGCGCAUGCUCCUGGAAUAUACUGUGCAGACGUUGGAGGAUGACUUCCAGGCCAAAAGUUGUACAUCUGCUCCUCACCACUCCAUCGCGAAGGCAACAUUGUCAUGCGAUCGGCAGUUUCCUCGGGUCAGGGAUGUCAUCAAGUGGCUGUUUAAUGCCAUUAUAAAAUCGACAGAGCACGGAGAGAGUAAAGACGCAACCAGAGAGAGGAAUGAACAGAUUAGAAUGGUGUCCAUCUUCCAAAGGAUGCUGUCUUUAGCUCUGGAGGCGGAUCGUUCUCCUGCGCUGAACUCCGCCAAGCUGUCCCAGGAGCUCUUCCAUAUGCUCAUCAGCAACAUGCCUCUGCGAGCUCACAGGAUGUUAUUGCUGGAGAGCCUACAGAGCAAGCUGCUGAGAUGUAAGCUGUUGGAACAUCUGUUGGACUAUGCGUGCCCACUGAAAACCUCUCUGCCCAUGUCGCUCAGUCUGCUGCUUCACUUCCUGAAGAACUGCACUUUGUCACCAGACCCUACGGAUGGCGAUGAGAGGUGGCAGAAGUGGGAGGAGCUGGUCCAUCUCCUCUGGAUGUUGUUGCUCAGCUACAACAAAGCCAUGAAAGGCUGCCUGUCCAGGUCAUUCACUGAGCAGAGAGGCAGCGUUGGCGCGUUAGUGUACAGACCAGACGACAUGAUAUCAAAGCAGGCCGUCUGCGAAGCCGUGGAGACCUUCUUGUCCAGAUCCCAGGCUGACAUCGGCCAAGCUUUACCUCUACAUGUGGAAGAGUCUUUAACGUAUCUACAGGAUCACCUCGUGGAUGUUUGUCAGUGUUGAAUACAAUAAAAUUCUUUGUUUUGUUGUUUUUUAUUGGUGCUCUGUUUUAAAAAAUAAUAAUUUAGAUGAGGUAUGAAACAUUGUAUUUGCUACCAUGUUCUUUUGUAUAAGUUUAUUUGUACAGUUUUAAAUGAGGCUGUGUUUUGAUUUGCCUAAUAUAAAGUCAAAACUGAAUAAAAUCUCACUUUAUAAAAUUA